CAAAUUUUGGCGUAUUUUGGGUCACUGAUACUGUGUUGAAGAAGCCAUGGAGCCGAUAACGAAGUGGACGCCAAAGCAAGUUGUCGACUGGAUGAAAGGUUUGGAUGACAGCCUACAGCAGUACGUGAGCAACUUUGAGCGGGAAAAGAUCAGCGGCGAACAGCUCCUGAAGAUCACUCAUCAAGACCUGGAGGAGCUCGGCGUGGCCAGGAUUGGACACCAGGAGCUGGUGCUGGAGGCCGUCGAUCUGCUCUGCGCUCUGAACUAUGGCGUAGAGACAGACAACCUGAAGAAUCUGGUUGUGAGGAUGAGAGCGGCCACCAACAGCCUCCACAUGGCCACGUCUGAUCGCAGGAAAAGCCCAGCGUACGAUGGCAGCAUCUCACGCAAGCCACCCAAUGACUUCCUUACCUCUGUGGUGGAGCUGAUCGGGGCUGCAAAAAGCCUCCUGGCUUGGCUUGACAGGACACCUCUUACAGGGAUCAGUGACUUCACAGCCACCAAGAACAAGAUCAUUCAGCUGUGCCUGGAGCUCACCACCACAGUUCAACAGGACUGCAGUGUUUACGAAAUGGAAGAAAAGAUCCUGGAAGUUUCUAAGAUUUUGAACAGCAUCUGCGAUCAGACCGUGAGAACCACCUCAGACCCCCUGAUGAGCCAGUCUGCCUGCUUGGAGGAAGUCCAGCUGACCAAUAUCAAACCCGGAGAGGGUCUGGGUAUGUACAUCAAGUCGACCUAUGAUGGGUUACAUGUGAUCACUGGGACCACAGAACAUUCACCUGCAGACCUGACCAGGAAGAUCCAUGCUGGUGAUGAGGUGAUCCAAGUUAACCAACAGACAGUGGUGGGCUGGCAGCUGAAAAACCUGGUUGUCAAACUGAGGGAGGACCCUAAAGGUGUGGUUCUACUCCUUAAGAAGAGACCCACAGGCACAACUGGUUUCACCCCCGCCCCUCUCAAGAACAUGCGCUGGAAGCCCCCAGUACCUCAGAACAACUCCUCCUUGAUCAGAGCCCAGUCUCCCUGCGGCUCAGCUAACGGAUCAACCAAAAAAGAGAAACCAGCAAUCCUGGACUUGUACAUCCCCCCUCCUCCUCCUGUGCCAUACACCCCACGAGAGAUGAGAACAGACUCCUUCUCCAGCAUUAACAAAAGAUCAAAAGGCUCUGAGUCACCCAACUCCUACCUGGACCAGGAGAGCAGAAGACGCUGCACCAUUGCAGAUUAUGACAAGCUAAAUUACGGCUGUCCCAUCGAGGCCAAUGUGAUACAGCCUAGAAUGAGGGAGCACAAGUCUUCCCGUGGUAAGCCCCGACCCCUCUCCAUGCCAGCAGAUACCUGUGUUGGAGUGGUAGAUCCAUAUGCUAAGCCAUGGACACAGGGCAGAAAAGGUGAGGACCUCCUGUACAGAUACCUGAGCAAUGAGAGGAUCCCCACCAUAGCCGAGGAGGUCCCCUCAGUGUCCCCACCCUACAGGCCUGCAGGGGAGCGACAUCUCGUCAGAGUGGACCACAUCCGGGGCAGCCGCUACUACUCCAACUCAGACCUCCACAACAGUGCCACCAUCCCCUACCAGGAGGACAUCAAAAAGGCCCCUGUAGCCCCCGUCUCCAAGCGCACAACGGCAGAACGCUCACUACUGGUCAGUUGGAUCACGCGGCUUAAGCUAUUGACUCACUGAUGAUGCGCUUCCUGUCCGGGGCUUCCUGUUCCUGUCUUGUGUCCUUCCUCAGUGCCUUUGAUAUUUAACGUCCAGCUGUUUUUUGGCAGCUUUUGGCUUUCUCACACUCCUCUCUACCCAAUCUACAUGUUUCCCUGGUGUUACUACUACUACCAACUACUACUCCUCAACCAAACUUGCUUUUGUAGUACUUGCUACAUUACAU